AAGGUUCGGUUAUACGAAAUUUUGUCAGAGAAUUACAUUUUUAUUUCUUUUUAUUUUUCAUAAAUUAUAAAAUUAUUCGCUUUUGAAAAGAUGCCCGAUAAAAAGAAUUAUUUAGGGAUUACGGGAAAUAUUUGUAUGCUUCACUUGAUAAUACAAGUUUCGUCCAUACUAAAUUAUAGCUUGGUAAUAAUUUAUAGUGAAAAUUAUAAAGUUUUCACUAUAAAUUAUUAAUCCGUUGUACUACAACUUAAUAUUUAUUCAAUAGUUUAUUAUUAAAUAAAUAUUAAGUAGUAAACUAUUCGGCGCCAGAUAAGUUAUAGCGAAUUAACGAAUAUUUACGAUUAUUAUUUUUUUCCAGAUUGCCUCCACAUUACGUUUAUCCUUCGCCAUAUAUCCCUACACCCGGACUUUUGAUGCCUCCUCACGCUCCAUUGUCUCCAGCCACGGGGCAUUUCUACGAUUACGCCGCAGCUUACCCCACUCAAUUUGCCAACGGAUUAGAUCCGACGUAUCCAUUUCCUUCGGCAACAAGUACUCCAGGAGGAGCAUCUUAUCUGCCUCCCACAGCUUAUGCUUAUACCAUCCCUCAGCCUCUUCCAGGAAGCAACGCUACGCCUUUUGCUGUGCCUUACGCAGCUACUCAACCUCAGAUCCAAGAAGCGAGGAUGCAAUAAAAAAAAACAAUAUAUAUAUAUAUA